UCCCUCAAAAGGCCUAACGCGGAGCAUUCCCUCAGAAUGAGCACAAGCCUACUCUAGUCUCUUCCAGGUGGAGCCUGAGGGGUAGGAGGCAAGCAGGGCGCCAGACAAUGAUAGGCCUCGCUUUAGUCCGGCUCCCUCAGACCUGUCCAUCUGGCCCGGCGUGCAGCGGGACCUAGGCGCGCCCGCCCGCGGAGAAGCACGCGCUUUCUCCAGGAGCUCUGCGCUCACCUGGCUUGAGGGUGUUUACAGCUCUAGCACUAAAUCCUGUGGAAAUUCUUCCUUAUGAAACAGUUCCUGAUCUAAAGUUGAAAAGAGAUGGCCUUUAUAAGAGUUUCUUCAUUCAAGAAAUUGAUUAUUAGAAUUCAUAUUGGCUAAGGAUUCAUUGCCAUAAUGGAAAAAUCAUGGAUGCUUUGGACUUUCAUUGAGAAGUGGCUGCUUGCCUUGGUGUCAUGGUCCUGGGCCCUCUGCCGUAUUUCUCUCUUACCUUUGAUAGUAACCUUUCAUUUGUAUGGAGGCAUGGUUUUGCCUUUGUUAAUAUUUGUGUCUAUUGCAGGUAUACUGUAUAAAUUCCAGGAUGUUUUGCUUUAUUUCCCAGAGCAACCCUCUUCAUCACGGCUUUAUGUUCCUAUGCCCACUGGCAUUCCUCAUGAAAACAUCUUCAUCAGAACCAAAGAUGGUGUAUUGCUCAAUCUAAUUCUUCUCAGAUUCACAGGGGACAAUUCCUUAUAUACGCCUACUAUCAUUUACUUUCAUGGGAAUGCAGGAAACAUUGGUCACAGACUUCCAAAUGCCUUGUUGAUGCUAGUGAACCUGAAAGUCAAUUUACUGCUGGUUGACUAUCGAGGCUAUGGGAAAAGUGAAGGCGAAGCAAGCGAGGAAGGCCUCUACUUAGACUCGGAGGCUGUUUUAGACUACAUCAUGACUAGGUCUGAUCUUGAUAAGACAAAAAUUUUCCUCUUUGGCCGUUCCUUGGGAGGAGCAGUUGCUAUUCAUCUAGCAUCUGAGAAUUCCCAUAGGAUUUCUGCCAUCAUGGUGGAGAACACCUUCCUUAGCAUCCCACAUAUGGCCACCACGCUGUUUUCUUUCUUCCCAAUGAGGUAUCUUCCCUUGUGGUGCUAUAAAAACAAGUUCCUGUCCUAUCGAAAAAUAUCUCAGUGCAGAAUGCCUUCCCUUUUCAUCUCUGGGCUUGCUGACCAGUUGAUUCCUCCAGUUAUGAUGAAACAACUCUAUGAACUUUCCCCUGCUCGGACUAAAAGAUUAGCCAUUUUUCCAGAUGGAACUCAUAAUGACACUUGGCAGUGCCAAGGCUACUUCACUGCACUCGAACAGUUCAUUAAAGAAGUGCUAAAGAGUCAUUCUCCCGAAGAAACAGAAAAAAUGUCAUCAAAUGUAACAAUAAUUUAACUAAUUCCAAUCUGUCUUUCUGAUUGUACUUGGACUUUGUGGAAAGUGAUAACGAAUGACCAUUUUGAAAAUGUGUGCUCUGUCUGUACCUAUCUAAAGAAUGCAAUUAAACAUGGAGAGAUCUACUAAUUUGUGAUCCAGAUAGUUUUUAUAUUCAGUACUGUAAAUGGAGGAUUACUUAGUUUAUUAAUGCUAAUUUUAAGGCCUUUUUCAUAAAGACACAUUAUAUCAAAUUGCUGCUGAAUUAAAGCUAUGCUGAUUUUAAGGGAAGAGCAAAAUUGUUACAGAUCAUGCAUGUUUUGACGUCAAAGGUGUACAUGGUUAACAAAACAUACUUUGCAGCUUUGGUGUAUUUGAUAAACCCCAAAUUCUGUUGUUAUGCAUGAGUGAUAUUGUACGCUUAAAGUUAUAUACAGCAGUAAAAAGAGUAUGCAGUUAACUUUGACAUGGCUACAUACUUGACUUCUAAAUAUCAUAUUCUGCCUCAAAGAGAGAUGAAAAAAUUAUGCAUUUAAAGUAGAUGCGGCAGUAAGUUUGGUAUUGUCAUACAUUGACAAAGUUAAGCAGCCUUGUUAGUGUACAGGUUGCUGUUUUUGCCUCUCGUACUAAAAGAUUGGCUUCUUUUAAAUUCUUGGUGUCAUUGACGGCUCAUCCUCCGAAAUCCUUGAGAUGGAAAAUGCAGUUAUAUAACAGUCUGUCUAAAUCACUGAUCAUUACUAAAAUGGAAAUUGGACAACAUAGACAAGUAGGAAUAUUUGUAUUUACAGUUGCUUCCCCCCUGCAGCUUUUAUGUUAUUUUAGAAAACUUUAAAUCUUUUUUUCUCAAUGGUCGAGUAAUAAUGGUGAAUAAACCUUUCCCCUGCCUUUUAUUAAACUGCAUUUAUAUACCGCUUUUCUCACCCCUAGGGGGACUUUAUGCCUUGGAACUUUAUGUCAAGAUAGGGAUUUUAACCUUUUUGCUUGAUGCAGUUAUCUACGUAAAUCACAUGGCUAAGUAAAACAAUAUAAACCACAACUAUUAAUCCAUAAAAGCCAGUAUCUUAUUUCUUGUGAAGUAUUUGCCAAACAAAGGGAUUUGCUCAAGUAAACUUUGAAAUGUUUGUGUCAGAACAAAUGGUAAAGACAUAAGUACUAAAUAAAAUAGGAAUUUGAUAAUUGUGCAUUCUUUAACAAAAUCAGGUCAUUCUUGGCUCUGGGUUUUAUUCUUAAAACAAUACAAGCACUAUGAAAGGUUUCCUUUCUAAGAAGCAAAGUUCCUUACCUGUUCUAGACUGCCUCAGAAUCUAGUAGAAGCUGCCACUUAAUUUUUAAUUUAGUUCAAGAAACAUUUUUUUAAAACAACACUUCUCUGUCAAUGUCUUGUUUUGAAAGCACAAAAGUGGUGUAAUAGCAUAUGCAUAUGUUUUGUAGGAAGUGAAAUCUUGCAUUAUUUCAGUAUGAAGUUUAAUUAUUUCUGAUUUUCUCUUGAUUCCUUUAUGUCCUUUCAUGUUACAUGCUAGAUGCCUUGCCAUCUUCCCCAACUUCCCCAACUUCUUUAUCCAUUCUCUCUGUGUUCAUUAUGCUGUGUAAACUCUAUCCUGUGUAUUUUGCAAAGAAUAUCAUGGAAUAUGUUUCACUAAUUGUAGUAUUUGCACUUUACCGUCUUUCAUGGUUCUGUUCUGGUUUCUUUCAUUUUGGAAACAUCUCUCUACCUUCAAUGUUUAUAUGAUAUUUUUAAAAUGCCUGAUCCCAAAACCACUUUGUGCAAUAUUGGAUGGAUGGAUGGAUGGAUGGAUGAACUUUUGGUCUACAAGCGGUUUUGAAUUACAAUUACACAAUUGUGGUGUUGUGUGGUUUCCAACAGUAUGACCAUGUUCUAGCAGCAUUUCCUCCUUCAGACCCUCUGAAUAUGCCUGCCACAAAUGCAGGUGAAACUACAGGAGAAAAGGCUGCAAGAACACAACCAUGUAGCCCGGAAACCACACAACACCCCAGUGAUUCUGGCCGUGAAAGUCUUCGAUAAUAAAUCACACAAUUCUUUCUUUGAGCAUGUUGAAGAGAGUUGUGGACCAAAACAUCUGGAGAACCAAAUGUUCUCAAACCCUGACUUAAAGAUGAUCCUGUGGGAUGGAUAUCGAUUACACAAAUGCAGGCAUAUAAAUAAUGUGGUUAAAGCUACCAUAUAACAAUGCCUCCCCAAAUACAGAAAUUGCAUAUUAGGAUGUGAUUGACAUAAUUGUGUUAGAAGCAAUUUUUAUAAUAUUCAGUUUGUUGUAAGUCUAUACUUACAACAGACUGAAUAUUAUAAAAAUUGCUUCUAACACUAUCUUAGAUUGAAUUAUACACACUUGGAGAAUCUUAUGUUUUAGAAUAAAAUAAGUUUAACAUAUUUUUGUACUUAAAAUAGCUUUUGAGAUAAUUAAAGUAGCUGGGCAUAGAUUUUCAAGUUUUGCUCUAAAAGUUCAUGAAAUUUUAAGCUUUCUGGUCUAAUUCAGGAUGAUUCUUGUUUUUUUGAGUAUGAUAACCUAUCUGAAAGGGACAGAAAAACUUCUUUCUUCCAAUGUGUUGUUGAAGGCUUUCAUGGCCGGGAUCACAGGGUUGUUGUAGGUUUUCCGGGCAGUAUGGCCAUGUUCCAGAAGUAUUCCAGAAUACUUCUGGAACAUGGUCAUACAGCCCGGAAAACAUACAACAACCCUCUUUCUUCCAAGGUAAUGUGUAUGCACAAUCCAAAUGUAAUACUCGUAUACAAUUUAGGUUUUGUUUUGCAUUGAGAACUAUUUGGAGAUUAUGCUGGAGAGAUCUAGUUUCAGACAGUGCCCUAUCAAAAUUGUAAAACCAUCUUCACUUUAGUGCAGUCAUUGGAAAAAUGUGAAAUUACGUAGCUCUGUAGUGGCAGAUGUUUAAGAUUUUAAUUCACUGUCUGCUAACUGUUUAAUUGCAGUGGAUUUAUUGGGCUAUUAUUUUGUGCACCAAAGCGCCAUAAAAUCAAUUUUUAUUUUUAUUAAGGUUUAAGGGUAGAGGUUCAUGAGCCCAUUAUUUACAAAAUUUAUGUCAAAAUGUACAUCUCAGUGAUACAUAAAAUACAAUGCACUAGCUUUCAAAGUGCACUGAUUUUUUUAUCAGAGGAGAGAAGAAAAGUGGCAGUGUUAGAAUCAGACCUACAUCUUGUUUGAAAUGUUUCCUUAUGUUGGUGUUUAAGAUUGUUGUGAUGAAGAUGAUGCUGGUGGAGAACCUAUCCCUUCUUGGCUAUGAAGACAAAAGAUGGGUAAUGAAUUUAGUCUCCAACAAGAUGCAGGCACUGCUGUGAUACUGUCUCUUUUCUCUCCUGUACAAUUUUCAUAAUCUUUGGGUGGUUGUGAGUUUUUUUUGGCUGUAUGGCCAUAAUCCAGCAGCAUUCUCACCUAACAUUUUGCCUUCAGCGGAUUUGAAGAUGCCAGCCACAGAUACAGGCAAAACAUUAGGAGAGAAUGCUGCUGGAACAUGUUCAUACAGCCCGAAAAACUCGUAGCAAACCAGUGAUUCCAGCCAUGAAAGCCUUCAACAAUGCAUUUCGACAUUUUUGCCUGAUGAUGAAAUCAGUGCUGUUCAAAAGUAAAUGCAACAUAUUUUGCACCUCUUGAUUGGUCUAAUUAGGGUAGAACCUUAAUGUAAAUUUUGGAUUUUGUUGUAUUUUGCUUCAUGCCCAAAAUUACUAUUGUUGAAUAUGUUUUCUAAAUGUAUGUCCUUAUCUUUUGGUUUGCCAGAUCAAAAAAAAUUCACGGACCUGAAAUUCUGUCAAUUUUAAGUGGUAGAUAUAUCCAUAUAUAUCUGUCUUACAUAUUCAUGUAUAGCAAUGUUAGUCAAAAAAUUAAACCCCAAAACUUGCAUUGAUUUACCCAUGGGCUAAUGUAAGCACUGUACCUUUACUCAGAAAAGGAAUCAUCCCUUUCUCUUGAGUAGGGUGGCAAAAGGUGAAAGCCUAUCUCAUUCUAGGUGGACCUAAAAGAAGCCCCAGUCUCCCCUGCUUUCUUGGUCAUGGCACCACUUCUGGACUUUUAGAAUUUCUGGGCAGGGAAGUAAUGCCACAAUUUUUUUUUGGUUUUCGCCCCGCUCUCCAAUCUGUUAUGAUCUUUUUGGAUUCUGAUCCUGUCCACUGGCAUGUCAGCUAUCCUUCCCAUUUUGGUGUCAUUCAGGGGGACUUAUUUCUAAAAGUAUACUUUUUUGUAAUCACUUUUCCUUUUUGCUUAAGUUGUAUAUGUUGAAAUGUGUAAUAAAUUGCUGCAUUUACAA